AUGUUACGCUCCGUCAAGGCGACUAUCCGCCGCGCCCCCAACCCCUCCGUGCAGCGUGCACUCCUCUCGCGCGCUUACACCGCCCCUACCUCGCCCGCCCAGAAGCCUGCCCUCGCCGUGCAAGAGGCGCAGCCCGAUUAUGAGCCGUCGAUCAUGGUCGGACGGCGACAGGAGCCCGAGCCGCACCGCUACAAUCUCGGCCCGACCUUCCGCAACAACAACCUGAUCCUCCCCACUCCCCUUCCUUCGGACGUCCUUCCCCCAUCCGGCUCGCUGCAGUCCCAGCUGUACAAGACGACGUCAGCCGUUGACACCAUCGCGAUGCUGUCCAUUUGCUCAAGCCGACCAGAGUUUGUUCCGCGAGCCUACCAGAUUUUCGCUCAGCUUCUGGAUGACGCCAAGGUCGGCAAGGCCAGCUACCCCGAGGCCACUGUAUGGGCUAAUGUCAUUCGUGGUGUAGCCAAGCUCGGCAAGGAGAAGGCGGCACGCCCCGGUCAGAAGGACCUCGCCGCUCUCUGGCGCGGACGGGUAUCGCAGCUGGUUUGGGAGUGGGAGAAGCUUCACGACCACGCCGUCGGCUCCCCCUGCACCGAGGACGAUGGUAUUCUUCUCUACCGCGCGUGGUUUGCCGGAGCCGUUAGCGUCGGUGCCCCUCUCGCCAACCUUGCACCUUACAUCGAGACUCUUGGCCUCGAGGCUCUUACCCAGGGAAUGCAGCGCGACGAGCUCGACAAGGCGUUUGACGAGGUCGAGACGUACGCUGAGCAGAACGGCCGCGGCGACCUGAAGGAGACCGUCCAGGCUCUCCGGAGAGAGGAGUCUGACAAGCGAGAAGUUCUCGAGCGCGAGGUCUUCCCCGAAGUCAGCCCCGUUCUGGAGACCACCGGAAAGGUCAAGAAGCGCACUCCCGAGGAGAUGGCCGCGAUGGAGGGCCAGGCUCGUUUCGCGAUCCAGAACCUGCGUGGCAACCUUGCGCCACUGCAGAACGCGGCGUCGACUUACGCUCGCCAGAUGGCUCUCGAGAGGGCUUCUUACGACGCGGCCGAGAAGGAGAUCCAGGAGUCGGCCCGCAAGAUGGAGGAGGCCAACCUCAAGGAGGUCACCGAUGCCAUGCGCAUGCAGAGCGGCGUCCUGCAGGCGUGGAUGCACGAGUGGUACCUCGCCCUCACGGAGUACCUCGAGCAGGACAUUGACGACAUGCGCAAGCGCAUCGAAUCUACCAAGCCGGAGCAGCUUGACUCCCGGGCGACCCGCUGGGGACCACAGAGCGGCAUGAAGGAUGACCAGAAGCUCCUUUACCUUUCAACUCUUCCCCCGAAGCGCCUCGCCCUGAUUACGAUUCUCGAGCUUAUGCGCAUGAUUGGAAGCGGUGGGGUCAACGACGGGAUGAAGCUGCUCCGCGGUGUCAUGGGUGUCGGACGUGCCAUCGAGGCCGAGUACCGUGCCGACAUGAUCCGCUCCAUCGCCGGAGAGAAGUCGCGACUUUGGCAGAAGGUCAUCGACCCGAAGACCCAGAAGCCCUCGCGCCUGAACGUCGAGAGCACUUGGAAGGAGAUUGGCCGUGAGCGCGAGAAGGAGGCCAAGGAGUCGUCUGACGGUGCGGCCGCGCAGUCUGUGAAGGCUGGUCCGGAGUCUGACCUUCGCGCUGUCUGGACCCCUCCUUGGAGUGGAAUGGUGCAGAUGAGCAUCGGUACCCACCUCGUUGAGGCUCUCAUCAAGACUGCCCGCGUCGUUCGCCACGGCACCGACCCCCUCACCGGCGAGCAGGUCACCGAGAAGCAGCCGGCGUUUGCCCACUCGUUCGAGUACGUCCGCGGCCGGAAGCUCGGUGUUAUCAAGGCCAAUCCGGUUGUUGCCAAGCGUCUCGCGAACGACAGCGUCCGCCAGGUCAUCUCCCCCAAGCACCUCCCCAUGCUUGUUCCCCCCAACUCCUGGAAGGCUUGGAACCAGGGCCCCUACCUCACGAUUCCGACGACGAUGAUGCGCUUCAAGGACUCGGUCGAGCAGAAGAACUACCUCGAGGCUGCCAGCAAGAGCGGCCACCUCGAGCCCGUGUUCCACGGUCUUGACGUCCUGUCAUCGACGCCCUGGCGCAUUAACCGCAACGUCUUCGAGGUUGUCCUCAAGGCGUGGAACGACGGCGACGCCAUUGCCGACAUCCCCGCUACCGCCGAGAAGUGCGAGAUUGUGAUUCCCGAGAAGCCCGACGACCCGAACGACCCGACCAAGCGCUACGAGUACGUCCAGGCGAUGAAGCAGCUGUCACUGCAGCAGCGCAAGAACCACGCCGAGCGCUGCAAGUACAAUUACAACCUCGAGAUUGCCCGCUCGUACAUCAACGACGUCUUCUACAUCCCGCACAAUCUCGACUUCCGUGGCCGUGCUUACCCUAUUCCUCCCCAUCUCAGCCCUGUCGGUGACGACCUGUGCCGUGGUCUCCUUACGUUCGGCGUCAAGAAGCCACUCGGCGAGAACGGUCUCCGCUGGCUCCAGAUCCACCUUGCUAACCUUUACGGUUACGACAAGGCGAGCUUCGACGAGCGAGUGCAGUUCUCCAAGGACCACGUCGAGGACAUCUUCGACAGUGCCGACCACCCGCUUGACGGCAAACGCUGGUGGCUCCAGGCCGAGGACCCCUGGCAGUGUCUCGCCGCGUGCUUCGAGCUCGCUGGCGCCCUCCGCUCUGGUGACCCGAGCAAGUUCGAGUCGUCGCUCCCCGUGCACCAGGACGGAACCUGUAACGGUAUGCAGCACUACGCUGCGCUCGGUGGUGACGUCCGCGGUGCCAAGGCCGUCAACCUCGAGCAGGGUGACCGUCCGGCAGACAUCUACUCGACUGUUCUUGCGCUCGUGAACGAGUCAAUCGAGGCGGACCAGAAGAAGGGUGUCCCGACCGCUCUCCUGAUCAAGAACCCUCUCGGCCGUAAGGUUGUCAAGCAGACUGUCAUGACGACGGUGUACGGUGUCACGUUCGUCGGUGCCCGUGACCAGAUCGCCAAGCAGCUCCGUGCCCGUGGCGACAUGUCGUCUGAUGAUGUCUGGAUCACCUCGGCGUACAUUGCGAAGAAGGUUUUGAACUCGAUCGGUUCGCUCUUCUUCGGUGCGCGUGCGAUCCAGGACUGGCUCACGAACACUGCUCGUCUCGUUUCGCGUGCUAUCCCGGCCGACCGUCUCGAGGACGCGACUGCGGCUGAGACGAAGCGUCCCCGCGGCCCCCGCCCGGGUCCGAAGUCGCAGGUCAAGUCGCGCAUCGCCAAGGAGCUCAUGACGAGUGUCGUGUGGACGUCGCCGCUGGGCCUGCCCGUCGUGCAGCCUUACCGCAAGCCGAUCAAGAAGCAGGUCAUGACGUCGAUGCAGACCGUCUUCAUCAGCGACCCGAACGCGCCGUCCGAGGUCUCGCCGCAGAAGCAGGCGACGGCGUUCCCGCCCAACUUUGUGCACUCGCUCGAUGCGACGCACAUGCUCCUCACCGCCGUCGCGUGCAACCAGGCCAACAUCACGUUCGCGUCCGUGCACGACUCGUACUGGACGCACGCCUCCACUGUCGAGCCCAUGAGCGAGGUCAUUCGUGACUCGUUUAUCCACCUGCACUCUAACGACAUCAUUGGCAAGCUCCGCGAGGAGUUCAUUGACCGGUACAAGGACCACUACAUCCCUCUGAACCGCGCAAAGGAGUUGUCGAAGAAGGCGGCCGAGCGUGCCGAGGCCCUCGCCGAGCUCAAGCGCGAGAAGACAGACGAGGAAGUCGCCGCUGCUGAGGCUGACCCCGAGGCCGCGCUCGAGGCCGAGGAGGAGGACCUGAAGCCGGGCGAGGAGGGCGUGAACGCGUCCGAGGUCGACGGCGCGCCGACGAUCAAGAUCAACGGCCGCGAGUUCGUCCGCUUCCUCGACUGCAUCCCGCCGACGCCGCCGCGUGGCGAGUUCGACGUCCAGAAGAUCAGGCAGAGCAAGUACUUCUUCUCUUAG